GUCGACGAGUUACCACAACGUAACACUCUGCCGUUAAUUACCAUGGACUGAGAACAGGAAAGCAAGGCCUAUACAACUAUUGAUAUUCUCAUGACUCAAUCCUAGCAGAAUGGACAAAGAAGGCGACAAAUCGUCCUCUCGCCUGCCGACUUCACGAACAUUCCCAGUCAACAUUCACCACCGUCACCAUCGCUCUGAAGUAACACGUCCAUCAGACUAUACACAAACCAGUCAGGACCAAACGCGCAACGGCACUGAGGAGCGUCAACCGUGGACUCGGAGGUUGUUUGUCGAUACAUCUGAUCUGGAGCCAUCUUCCUCAAACGAGAAGACCAGUAAUAAAAACGGCGAAGGUCAUGCUAAAUCACACAAAUAUUCAAAGUCUAAAGAUCACCGUCUUCCCCGAGCUGUUAAUCAGAUUGCUUCCGCCGGCGGAGCUAGGAAUUUAUUACCAAAUCGACCGUCAUUUCAUCGACAUACGCAAAGUCAUGGAUAUCCAUAUCUUGGUGGAGACAGGGACGCAGAAUAUAGCUUUCUGAAGCCAAUACCAUCGAAUCAGGAUUCGUCACGGCCUAUAUUUCGAUCGAGAUCUUCGAGUGUGCAGAGAAAUGGCGGCAGUCAAGCGGCUAGUUUUGUGGUUACGGAAGAAGAGGAUAAUGAAGCUAUGAAUCGGAGGCUUAGUUUGACGACUACGAGGGGGAGAGAAAUCAAGACGGCGGAGGAUUUGAGUUUGGCGAGACACGAGCGUGAGAAGGGGGAAGAAAUCCUGAGAUCAAAACUUGCGUCCAUAGGCACGCUUGCAACAGACAUUACGCGGCGACUGGAUUAUACAUAUUACAACCUUCUCGAACGGAUAUCAACUCUCCACUUAACAAUCAACACGUUCCAAGAACUGGUCGAUUCCAGCGUAGCAUUACACGAGAAUUUCCAACGCGACAAUUCUAAUCUUGAGUCUGACAUACGCAAACAGCUUGCAGAUUUCGCAAAAUUCGAUCCUCAACGGCAGAGGAUAGAUGAAUUGGAGAGUCGUAUGAAAGCUGGGAAGGCCAAGAUGGAGGAUUUGGGGAAUAGACUUGAUAAAGUCCGACAGGAGAUUGAAGGAUGGGAAAGGAGAGAGGGAGAGUGGCAGGCAAGGGUCAGUCGGAGAUUGAGGGUUUUGGGAGGAUUUCUCGGGGGGUUAGUGUUGGUGAUUAUUGUUGCGUAUAUUGUUCGAUUUACUUCGACAUCUAUGUCUUCGUCGGUUGAACACCUUGACUCGAAGAUCGAUACGUCCUCGCAGUCUUUGUCCGACACACAUAGCACUGAUGUUCAUGUCGACGUCAAGACAUUCCUGAAAUCACCACUGCUCACAAAACAUUCACCAGAAGCCAACACCGACAAAAUCGAGCAUCCAUCUGCGAAUAUACAUUCCCAUCAAAGCCACCCCCCCGAUCCUCUCCGCCUAUUCGACGAACUUUGAGUCUUCUAUCGCAUUAUACCCAUUGUCAUAGCAUAUAUUUCUAUUCUUUUCAUAGUAUAAUAAUGCAUAUACCACGAAAUGGAUCAAAUCAAGCAGCGGCUUUCUUCUUCUUAUCCUCAAUCAACUCCACAUUAUCCUCCGGGACCUUAUCCCCAUGCACAUCAAUCAACCACUCAAAUAAAUCAUCACUCACAUCCCCCUGAACAGUAAUCUCCUCCGUUCCCGCCGGAGACUUUGUGACACUCGACCCCGUCGCAAAUUUCUUGCCCAACUCUUUCGCAACUUUCUUCAGAUCUAAACCAAAGGCCUCCAAACCAAUAACAACAGUAACGAAUUUCCGUUUGUUGCGUUCAACACGUUUAAUUUGGAUUUUGGAGGAGGCUUUGCGUUCUGCGUCGCGGGUUUCGGCUUGGAGGGCUUUGGCUUCUUUUUUGGCGGCGUCUUUGGCUGCUUUUUCGCGCGCGGUUAUGGAGAGGGUUGAGAGGUUGGCGUUUAUUGCUUCU